AUGGCGCCGACGCAAACAAAAGCUCUCAUCAACGUUGACAUGGGAGAAGGGUAUGGCAACUUUAUCUGUGGUCCAGACAAAGAGCUGCUCCCCAUGAUCGACCAGGCAAACGUGGCAUGUGGCUUUCAUGCAGGGGAUCCCAUGAUUAUGGCAGAAACCGUCGCCCUCUGUAAAGCCCAUAAUGUUAAGAUUGGCGCCCACCCCGGCUUGCCUGAUGUACAAGGAUUCGGGCGGCGCGAGAUCAAAUUCAGCCCGGAGGAGCACACAGCCAACGUCGUCUACCAGAUCGGGGCUCUGAAGGCUUUUCUUGACCGCGAAGGGUUAGAGAUGCACCAUGUGAAGCCUCAUGGCAUCUUAUACGGUAUGAUGGCGCGCGAUCUCGAAAUCGCUCGCGCCGUAUGGGCUGCAGUGCCGAAAGGAAUGAGGGUAUUCGGUCUGGCAGGCUCGCAUAUGGAGACAGCAGCGAAGGAGGCCGGGCUAGUGUUCUGGGCUGAAUACUUCGCAGAUGUGAAGUACCGGGCAGAUGGAACUCUCAUUAUCGAUCGCAAGAAGCAGCCUUGGGACCCCGAAGAUGUCAGGAAACAUGUUUCGAAACAACUAUAUGAAGGGCGUGUCUUCGCCGCUACGGGGGAGGAUGUCGACCUUCAAAUAGAGGGGACAGCCGGUCACCAUAUGCUGUCAUUCGGAUUCUCCAGGCUGCGUUGA